UGUCAAACAAAAUAAUCAAGUUGAAGUUUCGGCAAAAAUUAUUGAUUUCAUUAAUAAAUUUAAUAUACCAAAUUAAAGUGUACUUAAUCGAAUAAUAGGAGGAGUCAUCUCUUUCGCCAUUGAUCAUACCCAAAUUUUACAUAUAAAUGGAGAAGUCUCCUCAAGAACUGGUAGACCAAGAUCUACAAGAGGAAGGUCAAUUUGUUGUUGACGACGUGAGUAAGAUUAUUAAAGAUGCAAUUGAAACAGUCAUAGGUGGAAACGGAUAUCAACAAAAUAAGGUAAACAACUGGACGACUGAGGUGGUUGAAUCCUGCACAUCAGAAUUAACGAAACUUAUGAAACCUUACAAAUAUAUUGUGACAUGCACCAUAAUGCAGAAGAAUGGAGCGGGUUUACACACAGCCAGUUCAUGUUACUGGGACAAUAAUACUGAUGGUAGUUGUACUGUCCGUUGGGAAAACAAAACCAUGUUUUGCAUAGUAUCAGUUUAUGGACUUGCUAUAUAAUGUGUGACUUGACUCUACUAGAAAUGUUUUGCCUUAAUACAGUAUCUACAUUAUUUAUAACUUAAGUUUUUAUUAUUCUAGUUACUAAUUAUAGUAUGAGUUUCUUUGUUAUGCA